AUGCUAUGUGGAACAAUAAGACCGAUCCGUUUAAAAACCAGUAUAUUUAAUGUUGAAGCUUCAUUAGAAACGUACAAUUGGGUAAUCACAACAGCAUUUCAGUAUUUCAACUUACUGCGAAACAUAAAGAAUGGUUAG